AUGGAGGAGACUGUCCGCUCCCUGCUCCAGUACAAGAGCCGUGUGGAAACUCUGAAGCAAGAGAAAGCCUCUCUAUCAUCUGCCCUCGAGGCCUCGGCCGCCCACCACCAGUGCCAGCUGUCUGCCCUCAGCGCGGAGAACGAGCGGCUCAGGGGCCAGCUCUCCGCGCUGACCGCAGGGCUGGGCGGCGAGCACGGCCGCCGCUUGGACGAUGUGGCGCAGCAAGUGGUCCGCGCGCUGCUCUCGCAGAAGAGCGUUCGCGAGGAGUUGUGCUGCGCCAAGGCCAGGGUGCGCGACCUGGAGGCCCAGAACCGGGCGCUGAGCGCGCUGCUGGUGCGCCAGCUUCGCCCUCAACCGCGGCCGUCGCCCGCCACGCCGCACACGCCGCACACGCCGCACACGCCACACACGCCGCACACGCCCAGGGACUUGCAAGUCCACGUGGUUGGCUCGUGCGGGUCGCUGGUCUCGUUCCGCGACUCGCCGCCCCCGCCGCAGCCCCACCCGCUGAGCCACGACGACAAGCGCCGCCACCAGAUCCUCGCGGACAUUUGGACUGAGCUGAAGGGGCUAGAGGUGACCCCUGCAAACCUAGCGAGAGCCCUCUCCGCUGUUGACCCCACUCUUUGGGCCCCGCCGACUCGACCAGCGACUCUGAGCCUCAACAUGCCGCAGCCUUGCACGGAUUCCGUCAAAGGUGCCGGCGCGGAGAAGGCGACGGAGGAGGAAGGCGGCGAGGCGGGCGAGGGGGGCGAGGGGGGCGCGGAGUCGCCGGAGAGCGGUGCCAAAGACGAGGGCUACUCCACCAUGUCCAGCGACGUGCAGGCGGACGCGUCGCGACAGAGCGACCACGCGGCGGACCGCGCGCUGCCGGACCUCAACGAGGCGUCCGACGAAACCGACAACCAGACGAUAGUCUCCAUCAAUCCCCGCGAGUCCCGAAGGCACGGGCGGCUGCUGGCGGACGCGGACUACAUAUACUUCCCGAUAGGCAUUGCGUUCGCCGGCCUCAGAGGCAGCUACCCCCCCUCACGGCCCGUCCUCCCCUUCCAGCACGUCGUGAGGAGCUUCUCCGAUUCGCACCUCUGCUUGAAAGUAAUAGCGGGCACCACCUGCCCCACCAGCUGCCUCGACAGCCCGACGCCGAGCUCGGGAGUCCUAGUGCUAGACCUCAAGCCCGCGCCGGAGAGGCCGUUAAGGAGACCCGCGAUAGCCUCCACCACGAGUUCAGAAAGGGUCUCGUGGGGCAGCACGGUCGACGAGCGGGCCGACGGCUCGCAGUAUGACGCGGAUUACGUCCAACACUGGCUCGAACUCGACGACGCCAGGUCGGCGCUCCAACAAAGGCAUCGGGACUUAGCCGACUUGGAGUACGACAGGGCUGAACUGGAAGACUGGAGCUUAUCGUUGUCCUGCGAGGAUCUCAGAGACAGGCAGUCCCCUUUUACAGAGAUCACGACACCGGGCCAAAUAUCACUCUCCACCUUGCCGAGUAUUAGGGAGGAUGACGCCUUAGAACUGGAGGAGGACGUCGGCGACUGCCUCUGGAACGACUGCGGAUUUGCAACAGUCGAAAUCGACGAGUGCAAAAUGAACGAUGAAGCCGAAAGCGCCGAGAAGCGGUGGGAGUGCUCCGGCACCCAUUCGCCCGGUGGAUCGUGGUCCAGCGCUUCCGACGCGCCCGAGAAGCGCUCCAGCACAGCGCUGAGCGAAGACGGCGACUGCGCCAACGUCGGCCUGGACUUCACCAGGGACUUCUACCGCCUCGUCAAAUACGAGAGCACCAAGAGCCUCGCGUCGAACUCCUCCCGCGGCAUACCGUCGCAGGACCCGAGCGGCCACCUGCGGAUACACGACGUGCAGGCGAUGGCGCUGCAGGACCGCGAGCAGGCGCUGCAGAACGUGCUGCACUUCAUCGCCGAGCAGCAGAAGUACUGCCGCGACCGCGAGGAGUCCGACUCGGCGUCGUCGCGGCCCGUGUCCGAGAUACGCGAGCUGCCGCCACCGUACGCCGCGGCCGACUACGACGACGACUCGGUGGGGCCGCGCAGCGAGCUGUCCGAGGACAGGCAGCGGCCCGACUCGUUCGGCAGCUUCUCCGAGAACGACUCAGCGGACAUCCCCGGUGGGAUGGUCAAAGCGGCGUUCCCGGCCGACGUCUCCGAGCCGCUGUGCACCCCGCGCUUCAUAGAGCGCGAGCGGCCGUACGCCGAAUCCGAGGACUACUACGAGCCGUUUUCGCAACUGGGCGCUGAAAACGCGGAGAACGAAGCGGACGAGCGCCACCUGCUCAAGGUGCAGAUGAAGAACGAGAUAAACAAAUGCAUCGACACCGGCCUCGCGCCCGACCUUGUUCAUCCGCCGCCGCUCAAAGACGAUCGGCCUAGCGACGAGCCCACGCGGAGUGCGGAUCACAACACGGCGCUGAAGGAGAACACGGUCAACAUAAUGCUGAACAAGCAGCCCGCGCUUUGUGAGAGGGUCGACGCGGAACCGGGUGUGACGAAAUCGCCGAGCUUCCCGUUUACUACUGGCGAGACGGAGAUAUCGCUGGUGGAGGAGGUGCUGAGCGCUUGCAGGAGGAGCACGGGCGUGUUGGUGCCGGUGCCCGAAGAGGAGGAGGGCUCGUCGCCCGAAGCGAACUCGCCUCAGAUGACGGAGUCGAACACUACCAGUACGUCGACCGCGGAAACUGUGAUAGUAAGCAAUAAGAGCGAUGGGACGCAGAGAGACGUUAGGACUAGGCUAGAGAGGAGUCGCAUACCGACCCUAAUGGGCGGUAAAAGACCACCGUCCUCCCCAAACCGCGCCAGGUCGAAAAUCCCGGUCGCGGGGAGGUGUAGACCGGUCUCCGCGCUGUCUGCUCCAACCCCCGAGCCGAUAAUUGUGAAGCAAGAACACACGCUGAGCUUCCACGAGGCUGCCACGUCGAAGGACGUCAUUGACGAGCUGAACAGAAUGAUUCGCCAAAGCGAAGGACCGACGGCGACGGCAGAGCCCAAGAACGAAGACAGAGUGGAGAAGACUUGCACUAACAGGGAUCGGGCACUUUGGGCACCAACGGGAUGGGUCCACGUCGAGAAGGACAUAGACUUCAGUGACCCUAAGGCGCGCGCCAACCUGCUGGACGUCAUGCUGGCGUCCAGCGACUCCUCGCCCUCCUCGUGCGGCUCCUCGCCCGCGGAGCCGCCGGCGCCCUACUCCCGCCUGCAUCGCUUGCACCGCACCAGGCGGCAGAAAACCGGGGGCGCCCCCCUCACGCGCAGGGGGCGCCACCCUCACGCGCAGGGGGCGCUCCCCUCACGCGCUGGGGGCGCCCCCCUCACGCCCAGGGGGCGCCCCCCUCACGCGCAGGGGGCGCCCGCUCGCAGCCGCCGUAACGUGGGCCCUGUUGCUGCAGCGGCGGCGCUGCGCAGCCGCGGGCUGGCCGUGCUGCGGCUGCCGCGCGCGCGCCGUCCCACCAUCCUCGGCCGUGACGGCUUCUUCGUGCGUUACGGCGACCGGGAGCGGGCCGCCGUCGCCACCUUCGAUUUCCUCGACCAGCUGCCGGGCGGCGCGUCGCCCGACGCCAGGGACACAGCCCGCCCCGAACCC